GGCGGAGCGGACAGCCGGCUCGGCACAGUGAGUGACAGGAGAAACAGCCUCGCUCGGUUGGACAGCUAACGGUUAGACUCUGAGGGGGGAAAAAUAAAAUAACAACACCACCCGCGCCUGUCAUCUCACCUCGUCAGUUCUGUAAUGCAACAACGUCGGUAGACGACAGACACCGUCCGAAGUUGUGUGGAGGACUAAUUUGACGUUCACAAGCGGGCAGUUGGCGGGGAUGGGAAAUGAUGGAGGACAAAGGCCCUCGUGUAGCCGACUACUUUGUGGUGGCUGGUCUGACAGACCCGUCCAAGCCGUUGGACCAGGAGAUCCACUUUGAUGAUGUCUGCCACAAAACGGCCAAGCCUAAGGCACCCAUCACAGAUGUGGCGGUGGUGAUUCGCUCAAUGGGCGAGGAGGUGCCACCAGGGUUCACGUGUAUAGAGACCACACCAACAGGCCAAUCAGCCGAUCUUAACAACGGCGGCCUCAUGGCGCCGCAAAUCUUCUUGUGUUACAGGCGAGGUCGUGACAAGCCACCGCUCACCGACUUGGGUGUUUUGUAUGAGUGGAAGGAGCGUCUGAAGCAGGGCUGCCACCUUAUCCAGACCUCGCCUUCUGGACGCCCAGCCAACAUCAGCGGCAAUUCCUCCCAGCGCAUCUACAUCACCUACCGCCGGGCACCCGAGAGCCAGCCGCACGCCGCCUUGGCUGUCACUGACAUCUGCAUCAUCAUCCCGAGCAAAGGGGAGACCCCUCCACACACUUUCUGCAAGGUGGAGAAGAAUCUCAACAGCAGCAUGUGGGGAUCCUCAGUCUACCUGUGCUAUAAGAAGUCUGUGGCCAAAACCAACACAAUAGCCUACAAAGCGGGUUUAUUCAGCAGAUAUCCAGAGGAGGACUAUGAGUCAUUCCCUCUGCCAGAGUCUGUCCCUCUCUUCUGCCUUCCCAUGGGGGCCACAAUUGAGUGCUGGCCAGCUAACACCAAAUACUCCCUCCCUGUUUUUUCCACCUUCGUCCUCACUGGAGCCUCUGGAGAGAAGGUUUACGGUGCUGCCAUUCAGUUUUACGAGCCCUACCCACAGGAGUGCCUGACUGAUCAGCAGCUCUCCCACCUCGGCCUACUGCUCCCUGAUCCACACAAACCCUCUUCCUCCAACUCUGUAGCUCCUGUCACCAGCAGCAGCACCACAAACGGCAAUCCCCGUUCAGUCUACACCAACAAAUGUAUCUGCCUGCUGUCCCACUGGCCCUUCUUUGAUGUGUUCCGCAAGUUCCUCACAUUCCUCUAUCGCUACUCCAUCUCAGGCCCUCAUGCCCUGCCCAUUGAGAAGCACAUCUCCCACUUCAUGCACAAAGUUCCCUUCCCUUCCUCUCAGAGGCCUCGCAUCCUGGUGCAGCUUUCCCCUCAUGACAGCCUGAUGUUGAGCCAGCCCGUUUCUUCUCCGUUGCCACUCAGUGGUGGUCGAUUUUCCACACUGCUCCACAACCUUGGACCAGAGAAUGCUGUCACCUUGCUGGUGUUUGCCGUCACUGAACAUAAGAUCCUGGUCCAUUCAUUGCGACCAGCUGUACUGACCAGUGUUACUGAGGCUCUGGUGUCUAUGAUCUUUCCGUUCCACUGGCCCUGCCCAUAUAUUCCUCUGUGCCCCCUGGCACUGGCUGAUGUGUUGAGUGCCCCCUGUCCAUUCAUUGUAGGUGUGGACUCUCGCUACUUUGAUCUUUAUGACCCCCCUCCGGACGUCAGUUGCGUGGACCUGGACACAAACACCAUCUUCCACCAUGAAGAUAAGCGAGCCCUCACAUGGAAGAUUCUGCCAAAGAAAGCCUGUAAAAACCUAAUGAAUGUGCUGAAUAAUCUCUACCAGCAGCUUGUUGAUGGUCAGUACCGGCCAGAUGGGCUGCUGGAACUGAGCAUGAGCGACUCGUCAGAGCUGAGCUGUGGGAAGAGUCUCCACACGCUGGAGCUCGAGAUCCAGGAAGCCUUUCUGCGCUUCAUGGCAGCAAUUUUGAAGGGCUACCGCUCCUUCUUGCGUCCCAUCACUCAAGCACCUUCUGAGAAAGCCACAGAUGCUAGCUCACUCUUUGACUUGCAAGGAUUCUUGAAGAGCCGCGACCGCUCACACCAGAAGUUCUACUCACUAAUGACCAAGACCCAGAUGUUCAUCCGCUUUAUCGAAGAGUGCUCCUUUGUUAGCGACAAAGAUGCCAGCCUGGCCUUCUUUGACGACUGUGUGGACAAACUUUACAAUUCAGAGCGGGGUGCAGAUAAAGGAGGCAAGGUGGACAGCGACAGGCUGGAGGAGACCCGGCUGAUAGAAAUUGAUGAAUCCCAGCGUAGUGAGCACACAGUCUUCAUCACACCUCCAGAGCUGCCCCCUCUGCCCGAGGGAGAGGAACAUCCCCUGUGCUACAGGUAUGAUGGCUUCCCAGUGUUGAGUUUAGACCUAUUUGACCCUGUUGAAGGUCUGCGGACGCCCUCCUCCCGCCUCGCUGCCAGGCACAGCUGCCCCACCAGCCCUGCCCCCAUGUUUAGACGCACCAAGCAGGAGAUUAAAUCAGCCCAGAAGAUAGCUAAAAAGUACUCAUCCAUCCCGCAGCUGUGGUCCAAGUGCCUGUUGCGUCACUGCUACGGCCUGUGGUUCAUCUGUCUGCCAGCAUACGUGAAGGUGUGCCACUCCAAGGUGCGAGCGCUUCGGACUGCCUACGACGUCCUCAGAAAGAUGCAGGCGAAGAAGCUGCAGCCCCCUGAUGAGGUCUGUUACCGGGUGUUGAUGCAGCUGUGUGGACAGUAUGGGCAGCCUGUCCUGGCAGUGAGGGUCCUCUUUGAGAUGAAGAAGGCUGGAGUCCACCCCAACGCCAUAACAUAUGGCUACUACAACAAGGCAGUACUGGAGAGCACGUGGCCCUCCAGCACCAGAGGAGGAUACUUCCUGUGGAUGAAGCUCAGAAAUGUUAUUCUGGGUGUGGCACAGUUCAAACGGGCGCUACGACGACAUGCACCCUUCAUCCAGAGCCCUCUGUCAGAUGGCAGCGACCUGGAUGCUGUGAGUCACGGCAGCCUGGAUAGCUCUGCCGACACUAACCUGGUCGAGCAGGGCCCCUACGCCACUGACUCCGUCAAAGUAGACCCCACUGAUGAUAGAUCUAGCACAGUCGGCCGUGGGGGCGGCAGCUUGGGCGCCAGGGCCCUGGUGGCGCACUCACACGGGGGGGGCUUUGAGCUCAGAGAAGCCACCCUCCACCCAGGUGAUCAGUCAGACUUGGGUUAUAAUUCCCUGUCAAAAGAGGAAGUGCGGAGAGGAGACCCCGCCAGCCAGGACUCUCCCCCUGACAAAGAUGACAAGAAGGAGAGCGACUGCAGCUCCUUGUCAGAGACAGAAAGUGCCAAGGGAAGUAAAGACUGCCUCCCUCAGCUUGACUUGGAGACGAGUUCUUCCUUCAGACCCCGUGGUAUUGUUCGCAGCAGCUGUCCAUACGAUAAUUCAGCCUGUAAGCCCAAGAGCUCUGCCAGCGCAGGCCAUGUUGCAGGUCUCCUCUUCACUACCUCCCUGGAUGAGAUCGGUGAGAUUCAGACCAACAGUUUGCUCCGCAGACAUAAGAGCGCUUUGGAGGAGGUGGUGGGCAGCGCCAGCAGCGGCUCAGCUCUUGACUGGCAGGGUGUGAGGAGCCGUCGGCUAAGUGGUGACACCGUGGGCAGCAGCGGGAGUGGCACCACUGUCCUGGGCCUGGGUAUGAGCCAGGGUGAAACCGACCCAGAUAAGAUCGCAGGACACCUGGGCGCAGAUGCUAAAAUUCUCUCUGGUGCCAACUUCACUAAGACUAGGAGGCCUCAUUCUCUGGCUCUCGGUGGGCUAGAGGGGGUGGCUGCUAAGUCACAUGCUGCCAGAAGUAGUGAUCACAGGGAAGUGGAUGAGGAGGCGGAGCAGCAGGACUCCAGUGAUGAGGACAGAAACAAUACAGAGGCCAUUUUUGAUUUUGAGGAUUUGGAUUUCGAAAAGCCUUCUAAAGGGGUAAAACCUCAUAAAAAGCCUGUUGAGCGCAGUGCCAGCUACGGUGGUGUGAGCACCAUGACAAACAGAGGCACUGUCAAACGCACAGGUAUUGAAACAGGCUACGACCCUCUCUCCCUUCUGGCAGCAGAGUCUGAUCAGCAAAAUGAGGAACGAUACAUAGAGGGGGAACAGGCCAGCACACCUAGUGCCCGAAGGCACCUGGCCAGGGAGAUUGAGCUCUACAUGAACCACAUGGGCAGCCCCCUGAGCAGCCGCACACCCAGUCUGGACCUUCAGGACCCAGCCAGCCCCGUCCUCGUACACCAUUCCUCACUCUCUGCCUCCCGCAGAGCCAGCCUGCCCCACAGCUCCCCCCUCAGGACGACCGGAGUACCUCGCUCCCGCACCUUCCACCCACCAUCGCCCUCUCAGCCCAUCUCACGCCAACGUCUGUGGUCUUCGCCCCCAUCCCGAAGCUCUAGCACCACCCCCAGCCCGAGUCCUCGACCCAGCCCCUACAGGGAGAGGGCAGACAGGAUGAGCCUGACGUCACCUUCACCCUCUUCCUCCUCUUUCGCUUUGGAUACGCUCCUAACACCAACUCUAGAUGUGUUUAAGACCAGUGUGUUCUCUGCUGGAAAGGGAGUAGCAGAGAAAGCGAGCCGCUGGUAUACGCGUCUUGCCACAUACACCACACCUACCAAGGACAGUCAGAGCGACCGUUUGAGUGUGUCCUCCCUCGGCGUGGGAGAUCCAGACUGCUCCUCACUGUUGGAUGAGGAAGACCCUGGAGAGACAGAGCACUCUGUGGUCUUUCCACUGAGGAAUGGCCCUGCGGGCCCCCGCAGGAGUCCCAGACGCAGCCCCCUCCGCAGCCACCUGGACAGUCCCACCGCAGAGUCGAGCCGUGGAAGACCCACGUCUCUUCUCCCUGGACCGACUGGCUUCUCUCUGCCAGACAAAUCAGACCUCAGCUCUUCACGCUACACCAGCAACACCAGCAUCUUCAACAACUACGCCAUGGAGCUGCUGAUCUCCAGCUGUUCUCGCUGUAAGACGUGCGACUGCCUGGUGUAUGAUGAGGAGAUCAUGGCCGGUUGGACGGCAGAUGACUCGAACCUGAACACCACCUGUCCCUUUUGUGGAAACCCCUUCCUGCCCUUCCUCAACGUGGAGAUCAGGGACAUGCGAGGACCCGGCAGGCUCUUCCUGAAAGGCAGCCCAUCAGUAGAUGAGGCAACCACCUCAUCAUAUUCUGCCUCCACAGGUUUGGACACAGGGACGUCCACCUUGUCUACGCCCUGUCCUACAACAGCUGUCUCACCUCCAUCCCCUAUGAUUGCUGUGCAGGAGUGCUCAGCAAGGGCACGAUCAACCAGGGUUCAAGGCAUCAAUAUCCCAAUAGAAUGCCGGCAGGGGGCGCUGUCCUCUGGAGCUCCUAUGGCCCGCAGCGUCAGUGUCUUUGGUCCUCUGGAUGAAACAUCCCGAUACAACUGUUGUUUGCCAACCUCAGGCAGCCUGCCCAGUCGUCUGAAUGAAGCCACGGACCCACUGAGCAUGGAGUGGCGGAUCCACAACCCUGAGCCAGUGACCGUUCCCUAUCUGAGCCCGCUGGUGCUGUGGAAGGAGCUGGAGAGUCUGCUGGAGAACGAGGGCGACCCAGUGAUCACAGAGGCUGACCUGGUGGACCAUCACCCCAUCAUCUACUGGAACCUGGUCUGGUACUUCAGACGGCUGGACCUGCCCAGCAACCUGCCAGGUCUCAUCCUCACCUCGGAGCACUGCAACAGAGACUCCCAGAUCCCUCGACACUGGAUGUCUGAGGACAGUAAACACGUGUUGAUCCAGAUCCUGUGGGACAACUUGAAGCUGCACCAGGACCCCAUCCAGCCUCUGUACAUCCUGUGGAACACAUACAAUGUCGGUUACCCCGUGUCUCGGCCAGUCCCAGAGGAAGAAAAGCCGUUCAGCGAGGAGUUGCUGCAGAGUGUGGUGAAGAGCAUCCAGAGGAACGACGUCAGCCGGCCGAUGGCUCAGCUGCUACAGCUGCUGGGACAGACGCUUGGGGUCAAAAGGCAAAGGAGUUUGUACAGGGACAUCCUCUUCCUCUCCCUGGUGGCUCUGGGAAAAGAUAACAUUGAUAUUGACGCCUUUGACCGUGAGUACAAGUUGGCAUACGACCGCCUUACACCCAGCCUGGUGAAGCUGACCCAUAACUGUGACCGUCCUCCAAGCACAGGGGUCAUGGAGUGUCGCAGGACGUUCGGAGAGCCUUACCUGUAAACAGUCACCUUAACUCUCAUCACUCUCAUCAUUGCUUUAAGACUAGCUCAGGAAACCAGUGAGAAGACUGUGAAUGUGCACUAUGGAAAGAGGAACUCUGUAAGAGAUCACGGAGGUGCAGUUGACUGUGGUCAGCAUUAUGUAGCCUGAAGUUUCACAGACUUUAUCUAUGCUAAGUGAUGACAGAAACACCACCCGCAGCGUUCAUAAACACCCCUCCACCCAGGGCCGAGUGAGCCGCAACUGCUUUCUUUGGGAAUCAGUGAAAACGAUGCAGAUAUCCUGUAAAUACAAAGCAGGAAAGGAUUUUUUUUUCUUAAAUGUACCAUUUACAUUGUAUAUCAUUUCAUCAUAUGGAGACUAAUAUUAGCAAUAUUUUAUCUUGAACUUUAUUUAUACAAAGUCAGCUUUAUUUAUUGUAUUGUCCUUUUGUCAUGUGUAGUGUUUGACUUUGUCCUGUGGUCGCUGGCUGUGUUGUCGUCUCGCAGUUUAAACCAGGAAAAGCUUUUGUGGAAAAAAAGUGUGGAAAAGAUGCAGUGUGUUCAGUGUGUGUUUUCAGUGAUAGCUUUCUAUGCUUUAUGAGCUGGAACUUAAAAUAAGAACAUUUGAUCAGAUCUACGUUGACUAGUUAAUCUACAAAAUUUUGAUGACAGAUGCCAUAUACACGGGCCUCUCAACUGUCAGGAUUAUUUUUAUUUUGAAUGGAGACCGUACAGUGGGUUACAGAUGCCCUGAGAGGUAAGUGAGGGAAAUCAAAUCAGUGAUCUAUGAGUCUGAUAAAAAUUCCUGCAUUUAUGGCUUGAGACCAGCCCACUGUGGUAGGACCAACCCUCUCCGAAACAGAAAAAAACAGGAUCCUGGCCAAAGCAUUUAUUUUUUCCACUACAAAAUGAAAAUAUUUUUCAGAAACAUUUAAAUUAGCAGUAAGUAAUAAUUGUUAGUUGUAGCUUUGGUGUCAUUUUUUAAGCUAUUUUUAAGCUACCUUCAGUAUUUAGUCCUAAAGAUCAGUGUCUGCUCUGCUGUCCCACCAAUCACAGUAAUGACCCUGAUCCUCUCAGAUAGAACAGAGUGAAAUUUAAAGUCAAAGUAAACUUUAUUUAUCAUGCGGGCCUUACAGGAAUUGCAUAGUGGAACAAAAUUGUUUCCCCUAGCUCAGUGUGCACUGUUGACAUAAAAAACUAUAUACAUGAAUUGCCGACUAACAAUGAAAUAUACAAAUAUUGCACAGCAGCAAUGAUGGUUAGACACUAUAUGUGAAUCUUUGUACUGAUCAAUAUUACAAAAUAGGUGCUCGUGUUGUGUAGACACUGAAAAUAUUGCACAGUACAUUACAGUACAGUGUGUGUGAGUUUGUGUGUACAACAGUUCUCGGACUGUGAGUCUGCAGUGCGUGAUGGUGUGUAUUUAUAGAGUUCAGGAGUCUGAUGACCUGUGGUGAGAAGCGUUGCAUGCUGUGAUAGCAGGAGGAUAAACCAGUGUGUGGAGCUUCUAUUUUGGCAGCUCUGUACAGGCAGCAUUUGGCGUGUGGUCCUGUAUAAGUGGGAGAGGAGACCUGACAACCCGAUCCAGUGUCCUCGCCACUCUCUGAAGCUUGUUGUGAGGCGGCGGAGCUGCCACACCACACUGAGAUGUUGCUCUCUGUAGUGUUCAUGUGGAAAGUGGUGAGGACAGGAGGAAGCUGGGUUGCUACCUCAGGAAGUGCAGGCGCCGCCGUCCACUCUUGAUGAGGGAGGUGGUGUCUGCAGCCAGGAACCCGGUGUUGUUAACUGACUUCCCAGUGCUGUGUCAUGGAUUGUGAGUGGAGUGUGGGAUAAAUAGCGCUAACAAUCACUAUGAAAACAUAUGAUAUCGAUCAAUUAAUAUAACGUAAAUCACUUUACAUGGAGGGAAAACCAAAGUGAACUUUUGAUUUGUUGAUAACUAUUAUUCAGCUGUAAAGAUAUGAAUGACUCUUAAUGUAGUCUAAAACAAGAGGUUGGAUUCUAUUGUUUUCAUCUGUGGUACAAACUGUAAAGCCGGCCUUUUGUUUAAUAACAGCAUAUCCAAAUGUUUAUUGCACAUUGCAGUCAUAUGGCAGAAUCUCAUUGCCUUCCUGUUCCAUAUCAGUUCGAUACUAUAAUCCAAAUCAUUUUUAUGUCUUGCACCUCAAGGUUGCUCCUGUGUUUUGUCACUGCUUUGUUCUUCUUUGCUCAUCUAUGAAUACUAGUUAAAGCACAGAGCAGCCAGAAUGCCACAGUUUUUUUUUUUUUUUUAAAUAUCUGAAGAAAAGGUUUAAAUUUUGCUUUCUGGUAACAUCCAGUCAUCUGUCAGGUUUAUUAACAUCGUAUCAAAUUAAAACUGAAUAAGGAAUUCUUAUUUCAGUAGGAUCAUAGUUUUUAUAGUGAACAUAACACAUUAAAUUAAUCAAGACUUUAAAAUAGAAAGUGAGAUUUAUAACAGUAUGGCUUAAUGCCUGCAGAUGUUUGUAUCCACAUCUGAAUGUGCUAAAGAUUAGACUUUUGGACAAGUGUAAACUAAAUCUUGGUUCACAGUUGCAAAGACCUACUUCAGUAUAUUUAGAUAUAAGCUUUGUAUUGUAGUUUUCCAUUAAAAGGAAACCAGUGAACCCCUCAUGGGGUUAUUUAAGUUCUGGGGACUCUAUAAUGUUCUGUUGGAGAAAAUCAAACAGGCCCUGGAUAGAACUGGAUUUUGGCAGGACAGCUCGGUCUUACUGCCUUUGUGUGGAUAUUAAUCACUGACAGACAGGGCGGUUGAAGGAGGACCCCUGAAUCUGAACUCAUGAAGGUCCUGUGAAUAUCAAUCGAGUGUCUAAUUUGUGGCAUGGCUAACAAAACUGGAAAAGUUUAACAGGUUGCACGUCUUUGUCCCUAAAACAAAUAAAAGGUCUGAAAACCUCAUUGACUGGUGGAUUUGGGAGAGGACACAUCAGUGAUGAUGUCAGCAGCUUAGAAAAGCUGUGAUUCAUCUGUGGAUUUCUGUUGUGUUCAAAAAAAAAAAAGUUGUACUGUACAGAGGAAUGAUUUUGCAGAAUCUGGGCCAUGUACAUUUGAAUCCGCCCUUUGUAUAAAUCACAUUUUAUAACUGUGUAUUCACACAUGUGCAAAGGUCCUUUUACAAGUGUUGAAGGUUCUGUACAGCGACCAGAUCUACGGGACUGAGUGUAAAUAAAUUCAUGUACAUCCUCA